AUUAGGGCUCCAAAACAUUCGAGAACCACGACGUAGGAACUCUGCCGAUCAGGAUGUCGUCGAAGGUUGUUCUGAAGACUAACAAAGGGAAAUCAACAAAGGGAUCAAAGCCAUCAAACAACAAUUCAACGUCAAAGGUGUUGAAGGAGUGGACCACAUGGACGAUGAAGAAGGCUAAAGUCGUCACUCACUAUGGGUUCAUACCGUUGAUCAUCUUCAUCGGCAUGAAUUCUGAGCCUAAGCCUACUAUUUCGCAGCUUCUUAGCCCCGUUUGAUCGGUUCUUGUGGUUCAGUAUUCGUCGACUUCAAUAGUAAAACGAAUCGGUUCAAUGUUUAUCGGAAGCGGUCAUGAGUUAGGGUUUGUGUUUUUUUGAAUCUGUGGAUUUUGGUUGUUUGUGCUUUUAAUUAUGAAUAAAUACGUUUAUUUUUAGUUGUCAAUUGAAGAGAUUAUUCUGUUAUUUGGCUUA